AUGAGUGCAUCAUUUCCCUGGGAAUUCCAUGGGCUGGAGGAGUCCCGUUUCGAAGCCUACGCGAAACUCCUACGACUGAGAAAUGGCGGACAGGUUGAAGAAGCUUCAGAUUUCUCUGAAAUGCCCGACGAGCAGAUGGAGUUGGCUGAGCCGGACGACACCGACUCCGUCAAUGUGAACACAUUGUCUCAGUUCGACGACAACAGUUUGAAAAGAGCCAUUCUCGACAGGUUAUCCGAAAUCGUUGCCAAUGAGAAAGGAGGCGCCUACGUCUCAUCGUCUUUAAUGAUUGAAUGGCCGGAUCGGGUCGACAUACUCGUGGCAAGGAACAAUGGGAUCAAGGAAGGGGAUCCAGUUCUCCACAUGCUGGAAACUCUGGCGUCGAGCCUGCGAGACAUCACCAGACUUGAUCUCUCAGAUCCCGUCGCCAUUGAGACCAGGCAAAAUCUCUGGACGUCAUUAGUACGGUCAUACAAUCCCCGGCUACUCAACUACAUGAUUGAAGCCAAGCAGGCCUUGAAAAAGACUAGCUUGCGUGCGGCGGAGGAAGAGGCCCCAGCUUUACACGAUCACCAGCCAUCUCUUCUCUCGGACCUCGAGGAGUUUAGAGCCCUUGUAAAUGACGUCGUGCGCUCAUCGACGCAAGAUGGCCUCGAUCAAGCGGUACAGAGCGCUUACCGCAUGUGUUUCCUUUACACCGAGCAAGACUUCGCAAAAAUUACUGGCAAUAAUGCCAAUACCAGGUCGUUGAGAAAUGCGCUCGGUUUCCUAGGCCGGCUACGGACGUGUUUUGACACUUUGGUCAAAGGCGCAGAGAGGCUCUCCAACUUCCAAAGUCUCCGGAUUCUCCCGGCGACAGGAUUAUCGACCAGCGGAAGCAGGUCGAAAAGGAGGAACCCAGCUGAUAACUGGUCGGUGGGGAAGACCUUCUCGUCUCUGGGCCUCACACUGGACGACAAGACCGUGGCAUCCGUCAUCGGAACCGGGAGGGGGAAGGAAUCCUGGACGAAGAACAGACUACUUCAAAAGUUUGACAAGCUGAAGACGCCGGUUUCUGGCGUACACGCAGAAGUACAAGUUGUCCUGGCUGCGGCACGGCACGACUGUACAGGCGCGCUCGUAUUCAAAUAUGUGGGCUGCAGCAAGCGCAGCUGCUUUCUAUGCUCCAGGUUCGUCCAGAACUAUGGGUCCUUCACGACGAGGGGAUGUCACGGCAAACUAUACAAUCUCUGGACUGUGCCCGAAUUUUCAUGGAGUGGCGAGGAAGAACGUUUGAAACUAGCCAAGACUCUCAAACACGUCGAGAGAGCCAUGAAGGAUUCUAUCCGGAAUGGAAGGACCGGCGGGCUCGUCCCUACUCAGGAGUCCACCGUCGGAGGUUCCUCGAUUGCAACCAUAAGACGGCAAUUUGGCACUCCGCACAUGACAUCACUCGUCUUGCAGCAUCUUAGAUCCCAGCGCGAAGCGGUGAUGGCCGGCGCUAGCAAAGAAGGCGGCAUUGAAAGUCCAGUUCAGAAAUUGCCGAGCGAUGAUGGAUAUGAAGCCAAUCAUGAACUACCUCUGCCCGAGCAGACCCAGAGUCAAUAUCCAAGAAUGAUGCCAACAUCUGAACAGAUACGUGGCCAAUGCUAUAUUUGCGUGCGAGAGACCAGCCGCCGGUGUUCACUGUGCAACCUGGGUUGGUUUUGCAGCCAGGCGUGCCAAGACCAGAUGUCCUUGCCUCACCUCGCGAAGUGUUCGGCUCGCUCGAUAACGACGGCCGACAUACUCUAUGAUGACGUUGUUAAAGACCAGAUUCCCGAAGAUCAGCAGACCCGUGAACACUUCGGGUUCUCUCGGUGCCGCCAUUGGAGAGAGGAAUCUCACCUCUUCGGCCUUUACCAAGGUCUCCUUCAUCACCUCGGUAUUAGUCCCAUCCAGCUGAACGAAUGGCAACGGAAAGGCGAUCUUGUGAGCAAAAUCAUCGAUGCAUUUUCCAAAGUGCCCGAACAGAGACGUGGGGGUUACUUCCCGUGGUUCCUCCGAAAUCAACGUGUUCUCGACCACUCAACACCGCCGCUUCAGCUGGACGGCAAAGACAAUCCCUUGCAGCAAGCUGUCGAUGCCGCAAGGUCCUACCUUGACCCGGAAGAUCGCGACAAGGAUUUCCGCCAAUUCGAGCCUCCGGCGAAAAGCUAUUGCUUCAUAUUCUACGCUAUGGCCCUGGACAGCGCACACCCGAACCCAAAUUGGGCGGAGCUUGAUAUGUGGUACGACUUCGGCUUCGCGGUAAGCACUAAUGAAAGCUGCGAGAGUGGCAUUGGGGCUCUCUAUGGUAAGCUUGUCGGCGGCAACAAAAUUGAAAGGGACUACGAUCGAAGUCUCGGGUAUGGAUACCGGAGCGUGCCCGAUUUGCCUACCUGCUCCUUUGACGAGUUCUGGCGGGCCUGGCAAAACGGCAGCCUUGCAAAGGUUUUCGACAAGUACGGCUUAGGUGACGCACUGGAUGGGAAUCCGGCACAAAGGCAGCACAGGAUCGCGGCUCGUCACCUACGGGGAUUUAUUUCCGUCCCCAUGGAGCGGCAUGGGCUACGCCCAUCGGUGUGGAGGCUUCAACACCUCCUUGCCCUGGGGGAUAACGAACCGAUGAGCAGCUUUCCCAAAAUCGAAGCAGCUGCCCAGGAAUAUGGUUUCGCACGGCACCUGGACGCGAGGACAAGAAUUGCUUUGCGGCAGUUUUACAGGCGGUUGCUCGAUGAGGGUGAUCCGCUCGAUGUCCACGAGGCAAAGAAUCGCAGUGAGCUGCUCGAGUACGCGGAGAGCUGUCUUGGAGACAUUGACGAUAGGGUACGAGAUGUAUUGCGAAAGCUCGGCCCUACAAGGUGA